AACAGAAGCACAAGGGAGUCUGUACACUUUUUGAAAACCGGUCACACUCAUGCUUCACUGUAUCAUUUUGCUGUCACUAAACUUCUUGUAUUGUAACUGAACUGUUUAAGUCUUCAGUGAGGAUUUACGUGACUUCAGUGAAGUUUUUUUUAAACCUGAGUUUCCUUUCAUUCUAAAUAUAUCCUUUCUCUUUGCUGUGUGUUUUGCACACAGCUGCCAACAUGUGCCUUUUGACAGCUGCCCUGCUGUUUUCUUUACUUGAUUCCUUUUCCUGUGUUCAGUUUUUGGCACCUCUGAACAUGGGAGGUGUCACAGGGCAGGUACAGUUUAACUCCAGCUCCAAGGCGGCUACUGUUAACGUGACCGGCGCUGGAUUCUGUGGUUCACUUAAUUUUUCCCUAAGCAAGUUCCCUGUCAUGUAUGGCCAUUAUUCUCAACCCUGUUCUGAAGCAAAUAUUGGCUCCAGCAUCUUCACCUUCACAGCUGAUCCGGCCUCCACUGUCACCAUCAACGUGUCAAGCCUUUUCGAACAAUACUCAAACCUGGAUGACUUCUCGCUGACUUUGCAGACAUGCAACGGCACUCAAGUAUGCACAGUUGUUAGUCAAGGUCAAACGGUCUUGACUCGUCAGGCCAGGUUCACAGGUCCCAUUGCUGGUAAUGUUUACAUUCGCCUUAACACAGGACAGACUAAUCCUAGGCUGCUAGGAGACCUUGUUACAAUCGGUCAGGUCAAUGCCUCAGGAAGAAAUAUCACUCUCUUUGGAUCUACAAGCACUGCUGCAAACUGCAAUGUUCUUCUGGGAAGCUUAGAUCCCUCUGCUUUGACCAAUCUGGGUGUCCUAAAAGUCGGAACCCCCUUACAGCCUGUGAAAUCCCGUCUGGACCUGACCAGCUUCAACAAGAACAAUGGCUUUCUUCUCAUUCGCAUGGAGUCAAGUUACAAGUGUGCUCAGAUUUACUUUGUGCAAGAGAAGCAGGUCAGCGCUGUGGUGAACAUGAGAGGGAUCAAAGGAUAUUUCAGUUUCCGUCAGGCUUCCCCAUUUGAUGUGACAGAGUUGAGGAUAAACCUGACUAACUUACAAAGCAGAGUCGGACCUUAUCAUGUCCACCACUUUCCUCUCCCCUCAGUCAGGUCAAGCAUGUGUUCAAAUGAUAAUGUGGGUGGCCACUGGAAUCCAUUUGGAGUCAACACGAGGGACCCAACAUACCCAAAAGUGCCUGGUUCAACACACGAUCAGUAUGAGAUUGGUGACCUCAGUGCCAAGCAUAUGUUCCUUACAAGUAAAAAUGAGGUGGAUGUAGUGUUCACAGACUUCAACCUCCCUUUGUUUGGACAGAACAGCAUUGUAGGUCGUUCAGUUGUAAUACACAAAACCGAUGGUGCCAGGUUUGCUUGUGCCAGCAUCAGCUAUCCCGGUGAGGUGAUUGUAGCCAGAGCUAGAUUUCAGAACCUUGUGGUUGGUGAGAUCUGGUUUACCCAGCUGAAGAACUUCCCUCUGUCUGAUGUAGCCAUCUUCGUGGAUUUGUCAUAUGGAAAUCCCACAAUGGCACCAACCAAAAACCACCACUGGCAUGUUCACACCUACCCCAUCAGCUCAGAGAGAGAUGAUGAUGUAAGACGCUGCAGCACAACACAAGGACACUGGAACCCCUUUAACAUUAACACAGAGGACAACAGCUAUGCCCUCUACUGUGGCCCGUCCAGUCCCCUAUCCUGUGAGGUGGGAGACUUAUCCAACAAAUACAGCACCAUCAACCUCAGCCACAACGUGGGUGGAGUGGAAGCAAAACAUUUCUUCACUGAUGUCACUUCCUGGUUGCCCGAUUCAGGCAUUAUUGGUCGUUCUGUAGUCAUCCAUCAAGCAGAACAAGGAGGGCCGAGGAUUGCUUGUGCCAACACCACAAUGGUGCGGGUCGCCAAAGCUAGCUUAGGUAGUUGGUUUGGCCCUGGGACAUCCAAUGGCCAGGUGUCGUUCUCCCAGGCUGUACCACGAGGCCCCACAAUUAUAAACGUGGAGCUGAUGAAUCUGAACUCCUUAGCUGGGGGUUACCACGUUCACAUACUGCCCAUCAGACCUGAAAGCGUAAGCCCCUGCUCCAACGCAAACAUCCUAGGCCACUUCAACCCUUUUAAUUGGAACAUAUCAAAUAGCCCCGCACCUGCAACUGGCACAGUGGACCAGUACGAGAUUGGUGACAUCAGUGGGAAGUUUGGGAUGCUUUUUGACCUCAAGCAGUCUCAGGCCUCAUACAUGGACCCUGACAUGCCAUUAACUGGACCCUACAGCAUAGUGGGAAGAUCACUGGUGGUUCACUACUCCAAUGGAUCAAGAAUGCGGUGUGCUGACAUCUCAGCUGACAGAGAUACAGAUGGACAAUGGACUACUGCCACAGCUGUUUUCAACGGUACAGUAACUGGGACAGUCAGACUGCGCCAGCAGAUGUUUCCGGAUGGAAGUAGCAGUGAUAUCACCCUGGAGGUGGACCUUCAGUCACUGACACAAAGACAAAAGAGAACUGUGGCAUCCUUAUUCAUCAACCGUAUGGGUGCCAACAACAGCGAGUGCAACAAAGUGGGAGACACAUUCAAUCCCUUCAACAUGACAUCACUGAGCUCCAGCUGUUUACUAGAAAAUCCUUUGAGCUGUGUAGUGGGGGAGGUGUCAGCAAGACAAGGCACAGUCAGCCUGACAGAGAGACAAGUCUUCACUGACAGCAUCAUCCAGCUCUCUGGAGACAACACAGUGGUCCACAGAUCUCUAGUGCUGAAGAACGGCAACACCAUCAUCGCAUGUGCCAGCAUCCUCCCAGAAUCCCCUUCAGCAGUACAGACAUUUCCCAAUGUGACUAACUUCAGCAGACACGACUUCCGUAGAAGGGUUGCAGAUGUUCUGUUUUUGGAUACAUCAAGGGUCACGAUCCUGCCUGACUCCCCCCGCUCUUCACCUGAUGGAAGGUGUCAGCAAGUCAGCUUCAUGAUAUCUGGGAAUGUGAGCGCAGAACUUCUGAAGUCUCUCAAAACCAGCGAGAAGAUGGGCAAGUUCAAAGAGUCUGACUCCUGCACAAGAAGUGCAGGUCUGCUCCUGGUGCCAGGAACUCUUCUUAUUGGCUUGAUGUUUGCUGCUGCCUGCCUGCUGCCAUCUAUAACUCAUUUCUAGCCCAGAGGUUCAGCCAUACAUCAGCCGUACAUCAUCAGUGGGGAUACAUGGAUGCUCCUAUUGUAAAACUGUGAAUACGUUAAUGAAAUGUAGCCCACAAACUCAUAUGACGAUAUCUGGUUAAUUAUGAAGCAAGUAAAAACUUUCUUUUUACAGCUUUUGGCAACAAAUAAAGUUCCUAUUUUACAUUUUACUGUUAGUAAAAAUCAUAUUAGGCAACAAGCCAUUCAUUCAUUGUUCAGUAUAUCCAUUAUAGAACCUUACAUUUUCCACAACAGAUAUUGCUUAUAUUUUAUUCAUUUGGACCGUUAAGUGGGUGGGUGAAGUUAAUGCUGUACAUUUUCAGACUUCUUUUCUGCAUUUAUGCAUAAAUCAUAUGUCCUGCCCAUUUAAGUGUGUGUAAAUAUAUGGCAAAUUGUGAAUAAAAUAAUGUUUUUAUGUUUCUUUUUUUUCUUGCUGUAUACUGUGAAAAUGAGAACAUUUUGGUAUCACUUCCUAAUAAAGCCUAAUCAAAAGGA